AUGGCCAUAGAGGCGGGCGUGGGCCUGGUCCUCCCUAGCAUCCCGCUGCGGCACAAGGACGAUCUGGUGGUGUACAACCAGGGAAAUUCCACUGCCGAGAGGCAGUUCGAGGAGUGGUUUGACCAAAAGCAUGCUGUCUCAUCAAUGGGUCAGACGUGUCCACAGCUGAAGGUUAUCGCGCAGGAGGACUUGCAGGCUGGAGACCGGGACUCCAUGAGGAGGGUUGAGAAUAGAUGGUCGCUGGAUGUUCACUCUACGCGCUUCUUUCGGGAGCGUAAUGGGCACUUUUGGGCUGGUAAACCAUUCAAGGCCUUUUUUGAAGAGGGCCUGGCCCAGCUGAGGGAAAAGAAGCACAGUGGAAAGAAGCAUGUAAAGGACAAAAGCAUGACCAUCCAGAAACAUCUCGAAAAUGAAGCCGAGACAGCUGAGGAAGCUUCCACCACCGUCACAAUUGUUGGCAUGCGCGCCGACUUGGAGCUGUUCAAUAUCGCCAACGACCCGACAGGCCACGACAGGCACUUGUGGGACGACCUAGGCAAGGCCCUGCGUUUCCUGGAGGCGCCACGGGCAAUUGUCGACAGGCUGCUGCGCCAAAUCGGAGACGAGCGUUUCUUUGCAGUGGGCUUUCGAGGUGAGAGCAACAACAUGCCGGAAAGCAUCAAGCAGCAGAUCUCCGAGAACUUUGACGCCCUCGACCGUGCGUGGGAGUCGUACCGGGCCAUGCCUGAGAUGGCGGCAUACGACAGUGACAAGAGGCCGCUUGUGUACCUGGCAUGCGGCGAUGAGGGCCAAGCACAGGCUUUUGCGGAGGAAGGAAGAGGGAGAGGGUGGAAUGUAACGCACAAGUACGCGCUGGCCGAGGCUAUGAGCAAUGACGGGGCGGUGGAGAAUAUAUCGGCGCUCCCUUUCGAUUUUGAGGCGAUUGUCGACCUUGGGAUGCUGGUAAAAAGUUAUUUCUUCGUCGGUCUCAUGAGCAGCGCCUUCAGCUACACGGUAGCCAACAUGCGAGACCCCACAACCCGGUAUCGAGGGAGCAGCUUUGCGAUGUGGGAGGAUGGUGGUGCAAGGACGCAUUUGUUACCGAACAAUGAUAUCCAUGGCGAGACUAUGAUGGAGAAAUAUGCCUGUUGUUUGUAA